AUGGAAGAGCUUCUUUCUCAGAGGGCAAAUGCAUCCCCGAAUGCAAUUGCAGUCAUAGACGGGCAGGUCGAAUUGACUUACCCAGAGUUGAUUGCACGGGCCGAUGUAUUAAGCCAGCAACUACGCCAGAAAUCGAUCAGCUUUCAAGAGCCGAUCGGUAUACUCCUUGGGUCUGGGCUCAAUCAGAUCAUUGCUCAGGUUGCUGUCCUUCGUGCUGGGGGAACAUGCGUGCCUAUCGAGCCGUCUAUACCCAAUGUGCGCUUAUUGGACAUGUUGCAUGGUAUAAGCAGCCAAUAUGUCAUCACCAAUAGAGUACUGGCGGAUAGGGUGUCAGAGUUUGAAGUUAUACCAGUGGAGAUUGCGAAUGAAAAGAAUGCACUUUUGGCUGUUAUGAGCACGGCUUCUGUGCUAACCGGAUGCCCUGAGAGUCAUCGUAGUCAUAUACUCUUCACUUCAGGAUCAACAGGGAAACCGAAAGCCGUUCAGAUCUCUGCCAGCAGUAUUCUUCACCUUGCACAUUCGACAAAAGUCACGCCCCUCAACCCAACAGAUCGUGUAGGUGCAUUCGUCAGCCCAGGGUUCGAUGUCUCUCUCUUUGAGAUUUGGGUUACGCUCCUCUCUGGUGCAACUAUUACCAUCAUUCCAAAUACCAUCGUCACAGACCCGUUUAUUCUAGGCAGGUUUUUAAGUGACUGGAAGAUAACGGUUGUCAUGGUACCGACCGCUCUUUUCAAUACUAUCUGCCUGCACUCCCCAUCAACCUUUUGCGGUUUGCGCCAUGUUCUCGUAAUUGGUGAAGCUGCGAACGUCAACGUAAUGCGCAAGGUACUCACAUUCGGCGCACCACAGCACCUAUGGAAUGCUUAUGGGCCAGUGGAGGCCACGACAUUUUCCAGUUUGCAACUGGUCAGUGUGGGCGAGACUCAGCGUGAACGAAUUGGCAUUGGUGAGCCUGUUGGUCAGACUCGGUUCUGCCUGAUGGAUGAUCAACUUAGACCCAUCUUCAACACAAAUCAAGCAGGAGAGAUCUGCAUUUCUGGUCCUGGAUUGUCACAAGGAUAUGUUAAUCAGCCUAAUGAAACCAAUAAGCGAUUCAUUUACUGCAGCACCCAGAUGCUGGGACAGGAUUCGGAUGCGUCUAUCCGAGUAUAUCGAACAGGUGACAUAGGAAAGUGGAGGAUCCCACUACAAAGCAUGGAUUACAUUGGAAGGGCGGAUAAACAGAUCAAACGGUCUGGAUAUCGGGUUGAAUUAGGUGACAUUGAGCGGACGUUGGAGCGGAACCCAUAUAUCAAAGCAAGUGUAAUGCGCCAUCCCACCGGUGACUCAGACAUUCUUGUUGCAUAUGUAAUCCCUGAGUCAUGGGAAGACGACUUUCGACCCGAAGACCUCAUCAGCUGGGUAAAAGAAAGGCUACCUCCUUACAUGGUUCCGAAUCAAAUCAAACGACUCAAGAAGUUUCCGCUAACGUCCAAUGGCAAAGUUGAUCAUAAUGCGCUAGAUCCCAGCAAUGCCCAUGAGAACCCCCAGGAAGAUGGGUCAGAAAAAGCUCAUGUCGAUCUGAAGGACUCUAAAUCGACAAAUAUGCUCAACUGGCUUAAAUCGGCAAUGCAGGCCUUCCUCGGUGCUCCGGAUAUAAAUAUGAGCGACAACUUCUUCUCUCGCGGGUUCUCUUCCUUGCAAGCCGCCCAGCUCAUAGGUCAAAUCAGGCAACACCUUGGUAAAUCAGUGACUAUGGAGGAACUCCAUGCCAACCCAACAUUGGAAAGACUAAUUAGUCUACUCCGACAAACCAGCAAUGCCAGUGAUAGUUCUAUACAGAUCUCAAAGUUGGAGCAGGACUCCCAUCUGGCUGAUGAUAUACAAUUACUACCCGAAUGGCAAACCGACACAGAGGGUCGAGUUUUGAUUACAGGUGUUACCGGAUUCGUUGGCGCUUAUUUGCUACACUAUCUCUUGUCCCUACCAGCCGUUAAAAAGAUAGCCUGCCUGGCUAGAAGUCGUGGCGAGCUCACUGCUAGCGACCGCAUCCAAAAGGCACUGGAAAGGUACGACCUGUGGGAUUCUUCCUUAAAAAAGAUGCAGAAGAUCAUAAUAUUGGAGGGGGAUCUGGUUGACGAUACGCUGGGCUUAGGCGAAGACCAAUUUACCUGGCUCGCGAAUUGGGCUAGUGUUCUAUUCCAUGUCGGGGCUAAAACGAACUGGUGCGAGCCUUAUCGAAGCCAUUUUGAACCAAAUAUUAUCGGCACUAAGAACAUUAUCCGCCUAGCAGCUUCUGGGCGCCGCAAGCCACUACACUAUGUGUCUAGUAUCGAUGUAUGGAGCGUCACUGGGUUGAUCUUCGGCACCAAACGGGUCCGCGAAGAUGAACCGUUAAAACCACACUUAGGCUCUACACCCUACGACACCGGAUAUGCACAGAGCCAAUGGGUGGCUGAGGAGAUGGUAAGGCGAGUACGGGACCGAGGCCUGCCAGUAGCAAUAUAUCGUCCAGGGUUUGUUAUUGGAGAUAGUAAGCGUGCCGUGGGCAAUCCCGACGAUUUUUUCUCUCGAUUGAUCAUGGGCUGCAUUCAAUUGGGCUACUGGCCAGAACUACCACACCAGAGGUUAGAAUAUGUCACGGUGGACUACGUAUGUUCCGCAAUACUGCAUAUUGCCUCGAAGAAUCACAACCUCGGGCACUCGUACAGCCUAGUCUCACCCGACGUUACCCAGUCAGUUAACCUGGAAGAAACUUGUGUGCUUCUCAGCAAAGCGGGAUAUCCGGUCAAGCAGAUCCCAUAUCAGGAUUGGGUUCAGAAAGUUCGGGAAGCACCUGACAACCCUCUGGUUCCCCUGAUGCCCGUGCUAGAGGAGCCAAUUCUGCGAGACCUGACACGGCUCCAAACAAAGGAGCACACACCGGUUUACGAGGCUACUAAUACAGUGGAAGCGUUAGCCGACCGACCUGAUAUUCGAUACACUCCUCUGGACCACACGCUUCUUAGACGUAAGAUCGAGUACUGGAUCAAAAAGGGGUACCAUGAUUUGAAAUGA